UGCUCUCCAGCUCUUAGUGUGCAGAGUGCUGCAUCUCCUCAUACUUCUCCUCCUCCUCCUCCUCCGUCUUCACCAAACCUGCGCUCCGACACACUCACUCUCACACACACACACACACACACGCACACACACAGCAGGGUAUUCGAGCAAGACGAAGCAUCCUUUCAGUGUCUUUUCUUUCCUCUCCUCAGUUUGGAGCUGCUUCAUCUUUGUAGAAGAUGACGCACCGGAGUCGCGCGCGCUUUACCUGAUCUUCGGGUUCCUCCUAAAUUGUCUCCACAGUUUAAACCCCUUGACUCAAGUCUAAAGAAGGGCUUCUUCAACUAUUGCACAUUAACAGUGUUUGGAUGCUGCUGGAUCUCCCGGAGCUUCAGACCCAAAAGCGGUCCAUGCUGUCUCCCAAUGUCCUGCUUUCUCACAUUACAAGUGCCAUGUCAGGAUAACGGAGGUGUGGUCAGGGGUGGGCACAGCUACAGAGUGGUGAGGUCAUUGGGAGAGUGGCCAAAACUCCAAAAGCACAGCUUCACAGCCAUAGAUGAUGACCAGCCUGUUUCGGCGCAGUGCCAGCAGCAAUGGCAGUCACAGCUCGAGGGCUAAUGGAGGCUCCGAGCUCAAUAACAGCAAGACUUCUCGAAAGCACAUCCGACGGCUGGAGUUUAACCAGGCCAUGGACGAUUUCAAGACUAUGUUUCCGAGCAUGGACCACGAGGUGAUCGAGUGUGUCCUGCGGGCCAAUAAUGGCGCUGUGGACUCCACCAUUGACCAGCUUCUGCAGAUGAGCUUGGAUGGACAAGGCUCGGAUGACAGCUCAGACUCGGAGGACAGUAUUCCCCCAGAGAUCUUGGAAAGGACGUUAGAGCCCGACAGCUCAGAUGAAGAACCCCCACCUGUUUACUCUCCUCCCUCGUACGAGAUGCACAUCUAUGACAGGAAGCACCCAGCUGACGUGCCACCGUUCCCUCCUCCCAGAUUUGAAGCCUCUAAUCCUCCAACCGGUCAUCAGCAAGCCAGCAGCUACAGGAACUGGAAUCCUCCAUUACUAGGCAACCUACCUGAUGACUUCCUGCGGAUCCUUCCCCAGCAGCUCGACAGUCUACAGCGUUCUCAGAGUAGCCUUUCCCAGCCUUCCUCGUCAUCAUCGUCCUCGGUGUCCUCUCUGACGCAGUACUCGGCCUCAGAGCAGGACUGGAAGCUGAAGCAGUACCUGGAGGACGAGCGCAUCGCCCUUUUCCUGCAGAACGAGGAGUUCAUGAGGGAGCUGCAACGCAACCGGGACUUCCUUAUCGCUCUUGAAAGAGAUCGUCAGAGGUCUGAGUCUCUGAAAUCCCAAUGCUCUCAUUCAUCCGCAUGCAUGAAGAGUUCCACUGAAGGUGAUCAUAAUUCCUCAGGCUCUGAGGAAGCCUGCACCUCCAUCUCAGACGAUGCCUUGUUCCGUGACAAACUAAAGCACAUGGGCAAAUCAACAAGGCGGAAGCUUUUCGAAAUCGCUAAAUCGUUCUCUGAAAAAACUCGUCGAAGGAAGACCAAAAAGAGGGCUCUCCUCAAGCAUCACUCACUCACCACUGCAGCCUCCACUGCCAACCUUCUGGAGGAUGUAGAGGGACUUACAGCAGAAGAUGAAGGCAAGCUCAGGAGAUCCGGUGCUCAGGAAAAGGACGAGUCAAACAAGGAAGUGGCGUCAUGACUUUUCCUCAUGCUACGCCCCUGCUGUUCUCCUGAUGGUGGGACGAGCUUCACUUUCGAUCCCCCCUUUGCCAUCUGGAUCGGCCUGCGGCGAGUCUGCGUGGGCCAUGGAGCCGUGCUCUCAGUAUGUGCCCUCGUCUGGAAGGAGCUUAGGUUCACAUCAGCGAGCUGCAAAGCUGGAAAAGUUGAUCUUCUUAGGAUUUGUUCACUCACUUUGAGUUCACCUCAAUCAUGACAUCACCUCCUGUAUCAUGAAAUCAUCAGGACCUAUUAAUAUAAUGUGUAUGGUUCAUUUUUUUAUUAGACUAGGGCUGAUUUGCAGCUAAUUUCAGAUCGAAUGUCAUGCCGGGGUGUAGUUAAGGAGGUUCCGAAGGAGCUGACGCUUUGCUCAGUGACACUCAGGACUCCAAUCAAAAGCACACAAGCACAAACCCUACGUUCGACACUGCAAACAUUUUGGCCGCAUUUGUUCUGUUCGAAUCUCAGGAGCACUGAAGACCAGUGCGGCCUCAUGUAUAAAAUCUGUAUAUUAACUGCAGUACUUUUAGCUGUUUGUUUUAGGUCUCCACCUCAUCUACAGCCGUAAAUAUUAUACAUCAUCGCACAUGAAUGUUUUCCAGUUAAAUCUGGCAGGAUGUGACCUAUGAGGCAUCACCAUGUCCCUCAGUGAAGUAAAGAUUGUUAUCUGUCAUUCAUCUUUCCAUUGCACUGACAUGUGCAAGAUGCUGCCUCUUUGUACAAAUCAUCGAUUUUGUCCAUACGACUCUUUCUUACUUAAAUUAAAGUAAAUUAAACGAUUAUAUUAUAUUCAAUUCAAUUAAACGACUCUUGGAAAAAGCAAACCGGCAUCUGUCUUUUUCUACUC